AUGACUAUGGCGGCCCGUCGUGAGGAGUCAGCCAUGUCCAGCUUACCCAGUGGGCAUAUGCGCACCCAGCACGAGUAUAGUUAUCGUCUGCCCACGCCCCCUCGGAUCAUCGUUCCCCCGCCCACACUUGCGACUGAUAUGCCAUGCCUGUCGCUACGUAUCGGCUCUGGGGAGGUCGACAUGAGCUUCCUAAACGAACUAGACCUCGAAGGUACCGUACAGUCAAACACGAUUAUGGAAUGGGCAUACGAACGGCGGAGGAACGCACAGAUGAUCCUUCCCUGGCUUUAUUUGGGGCCCAUGGUGGCAGCCAAGGACAAGGCGUUCCUCGAGCGCGAGGGAAUCACCAUGGUGCUGGCUAUUCGCGCACAGCCAAACAGCAUGAUGGGAGCCCUACAAGCGGCUCGCGAAGUCUGUCUGGAGGUGCGCAGCAUCGAGGCCUACAAUUUCUACAAUCUCGCGCCCAAAUUCGCCGAAGCAGCGAACAUUAUCAGUACACACGUCGCGCGUGUCAGACAACAUAACCUAGAAACUACCGGCCAAGCCACGUUCGGCAAGGUCCUAGUCUUUUGCGAGUCUGGCAAUGAGAAGUCAGCCGCAGUGGUAGCAGCGUACCUUAUGCAGACGCUCAAAAAUAUCGACCAUGUCAAAGCUAUGCAGGUCGUCCAAGCGCAGCGGUUUUGUGUCAACUUCGAUGAUGUUCUGAAAAAUAUCCUCCGCUCUUUUUGGGACAUUGUCGAAGCGCGGCGCUCGAUUACGGUGCAGCAGAUCGACUCUAGCAAUACAUCGUCAACGAAACAGAAGCGAGGUAUUGAUGACACACGCGACGACGACGAUAUGGAUAUGAGUGGCGGAAUGGAUGCAUCAGAUGCACUUCGCUUCAGUGGUCGCGAGAUUACUCCAUUUCAGGACCGCUAG